GCGCGCGGCGUGGACAUGUGUAGCUUUUCUCGGCUCCACCUCCGAUCCCCUCGCUCUCUCCCCUCCCCUCCCAUCCCCCACCCCCUCCCUCGUCGUCGUCCGCCCGCGCCCGCGCGCGCGCCACUGCCAUCCCAACACCGGAGCAAGCGAACGAACAAACCACGACGCGAGGUUGACGGCCGCCGUGUCAGCCUAGAACACCGGACACCUCACCUGAUCACCUCCCCGAGAAGCCAAGCUCUAGCCAGCCAGCCAGCCAGCCGCUCCCCAUGGAGAUCGCGCGGGUGGUCGCGCCGCCACUGCGCCUCGCGUGGUGCCCCGCGUCGAGGCGGUGGGGGAGGAGGAAGGGGAGGCCCCCGUGUCCCAGCUCGCUGCCGGGGCCGCGCCACGACCACGCCGUGAAGAGGCCAGGCGGCGAGGCGGCGGGCGGGAGGAGCGUCAACGGCGCCGCUCCGGCUCCAGCUCCCGCUCCCGCGGAGGCGCCGGCGAAGGCGCCGCAGAGGAGGCAGAGGCGCGGGCCUCAUGACGUGGAGGACGAGGCGUGGGGGCUGCUCCGGGAGUCGGUGGUGCGCUACUGCGGCAGCCCCGUGGGCACGAUCGCCGCGUGCGACCCCAACGACGCCAGCCCGCUCAACUACGACCAGGUGUUCAUCCGGGACUUCGUGCCCUCGGGCAUCGCCUUCCUGCUCAAGGGGGACUACGAGAUCGUCCGCAACUUCAUCCUGCACACCCUCCAGCUCCAGAGCUGGGAGAAAACGAUGGACUGCCACAGUCCAGGUCAAGGGUUGAUGCCAGCAAGUUUCAAGGUGCGUGUUGUUCCACUUGACGGGGACGAUGAUGUAACUGAGGAAGUCCUGGAUCCUGAUUUCGGGGAGGCUGCAAUAGGACGUGUGGCACCAGUUGAUUCUGGUUUAUGGUGGAUCAUAUUGCUGAGAGCAUACGGAAAAUGUUCAGGCGAUCUGUCGGUUCAGGAGAGAAUUGAUGUCCAGACUGGAAUAAAGAUGAUCUUGAAGCUCUGCUUAGCUGAUGGCUUCGACAUGUUUCCCACCUUGCUUGUUACUGAUGGCUCAUGCAUGAUAGAUCGUCGAAUGGGAAUCCAUGGACACCCAUUGGAAAUUCAGGCACUUUUCUAUUCAGCUCUCUUGUGUGCACGUGAGAUGCUUACCCCAGAAGAUGGAUCAGCUGACUUGAUUCGUGCCCUAAAUAGCAGGCUUAUUGCACUCUCUUUUCAUAUCAGAGAGUAUUAUUGGCUUGACAAGAGAAAGCUAAAUGAGAUAUAUCGAUACAAAACAGAGGAGUAUUCUUAUGACGCUGUCAACAAGUUUAACAUAUAUCCAGAUCAGAUUCCUCCCUGGCUGGUUGAAUGGAUCCCUCCUAAAGGGGGUUACUUCAUUGGAAACCUGCAGCCAGCUCAUAUGGAUUUUCGGUUCUUUUCUCUUGGGAACUUGUGGUCAAUAGUAAGUAGUUUGGCAACAUCCCACCAGUCUGAUGCUAUUUUGGAUCUGGUUGAAGCCAAAUGGUCUGAUUUAGUGGCGGAUAUGCCAAUGAAGAUAUGCUAUCCUGCUCUUGAGGAUCAGGAGUGGAAAUUCAUUACAGGGAGCGACCCUAAAAAUACGGCUUGGUCUUACCAUAAUGGAGGUUCCUGGCCAACACUAUUGUGGCAGCUCACAGUAGCAUGUAUCAAGGUGGACCGGUCAGAGAUUGCAGCAAAAGCUGUGGAGGUUGCUGAGCGACGUAUUGCCAAUGAUAAAUGGCCUGAAUACUACGAUACCAAACGUGCACGAUUCAUCGGGAAGCAGUCUCGGCUUUUUCAGACAUGGACCAUUGCCGGUUUUCUCGUGGCCAAGCAGCUGUUAGAAAACCCUGAUAAAUCGAGAAUACUGUGGAACAACGAGGAUGAGGAAAUUCUCAACGCUAUGAAUCGCAUGACUGAUGCAUCCAAUCUGAAGAGGCGGCGUGGCAGGAAAGGACUCAAGAAGACUUAUAUUGUGUAAGUCCAGAAAUAGUUUCGGCCUAUCGUCAUAUGUGUAGAAUAUGUUAUAGGAAUGAUGAGUUCUUGUUGUACAUAAGUACAUUUUUGAAGAUGGAAACCUAAUCUCACAUUUUUGUCAUUUCAUGGCCCCAGUUUA